AUGAGUUCGGAUGAGAUAAAUCGCGAGUCCAACUACGAGUCCGACCACUCCGAUGGCAACAUUCUGGACAUGGAUUUCGCAGGUGCCCUGGACGAGGCCCUCGACCAGAUCCCGUCUAGCAGAGCUUCUGAGCGAGGAUCGUUGCCUGAUUCCUCCGGCGAGGCGGAUACCAGUGCAGAUACCAACAAAAUUGAUGCGGGUACAUCAAUUGAUCACAGAGACGAGGAGAAUAGCACGCGUCAUAUGCAUUCUACAGACGGACCAGAAGAGAGCGAUUUGGGCCUCGAUCACAUGGCGGGUGCUAGCUCUUUAUCCCAAGACAAUCCGUUGAAUGAUACUCAACCUGAAUCAAAUGAUCAUGCAUCUAGGCGCGUUUACAACAAGGGCCUUUCGAUCACCAUCAACACGCCUCACAAGGUAAACGAAGGUAGUGCCGCCUUUGUGACUUACUUGGUGACUAGCACGCGGCCAGGGAUGGAACCCGAACGAGUUCGCCGUCGGUUCAGUGAAUUCUCACGUCUUUACACGCAACUGUUGACUGAGUUCCCUGCUUCUGCUAUACCGCCGUUGCCAGAUCAUUCACGCUUUGAGUACCUGGCUGGCGACCGGUUUAGUGAUGCGUUCACCCACCGAAGGGCAGCAGCUUUGGAGCGAUUUUUGUUUAGAGUCACUUGCCACCCUGACUUGUCUUCGAGCCGCACUCUGGCUGCUUUCUUGACUCCAAGUAAUCGCCAGAACCAGCCCAACGGAGGCGCUGGAACCACUUCUCCUGAUGGUGUCCUCGAUCAACUUUCAGAUACACUGUUAAACGCAUUCAGCAAAGCCAAGAAUCAGAGCAAAGAAAUGAUCGAGGCCCGAGAGCGAGCGGACCGGUUUGAGCAUGCUAUUUCUAUGAUUGACAAGGCAGCCACUCAUUUAGUGAAGCACGAAGGUUUGCUGAAUGCUGAUCUCAACGAUAUGAGCAAACAGGCCACUCGCUUGGCAGCCCUUGACAAAGGAGUCUCCAAGGAGUUUGAUAUCCUAUCUCGAACUUCUCAAGCAUUGAGUGAAGCGUUUGGAGAGCUGCACAAUAGCAACGAUGCCCAAUUCGCCGGGGCAUUGAAAGACAUGACGCGGUACGUCAAGGCGCUCAAGCAAAUGCUCAAGCAACGAGAGCAGAAGCAGAUCGACUACGAAGCACUUGUGGAUUACUUACGGCGUACAGAGCAAGAUUUUGCCACACUUCAGAGUGGCAAUACAUCAACAUCGCCAUCAUCCUUUUUACGAACCAAGGUAAACGACUUGCGAGGUGUUGACAAGGAACAGAGCCGCCAAGCACGCCAGCAGCGUUUAGAAAUGCGCAUGUCCGAGCUGCGGAUCGAAGCUAACCGAGCAAAGCAGGUCAGUGAUCAGUUUGAAGAGAUAGCCAAACAAGAAGUCCAAAUCUUCGAGGCCACGGAGGCCCUAGAAAUGAGAUCUUGUCUGGCUGGUUUUACCAAGGCCCAUAUUGCAUUUUACCGCCGCGUUUUAAACGAUUGUCGUGCCAUUGAAGCCGAGCUCGAGUGA